AAAGCGCGUUCCGCCGAACGGCCGCGGCUCCGGGAGCGCCCGGUACGUGCGGACCCGCCGGUGCCCCGGAGCCGCCGCGCUAUGGAGCCGCCGGGAACCGCCGGGGCGCCGGGCGCGGCGGGGCGGCCCUGGGAGGAGGCCAAAGCGUUCUACGAUAACCUCGCCCCCAAGAAGAAACCCAAAUCGCCCAAGCCCGAGAACGCCAUCACCAUCGCGGUGUCCUCGCGCGCGCUGUUCCGCAUGGAGGAGGAGCAGAAGAUUUACAGCGAGCAGGGGGUGGAGGCCUAUGUGAAAUACCAGCUGGACCACGAGAACGAGCCCUUCCUCCCCGGGGCUGCCUUCCCCUUCGUCAAGGCGCUGGAAGCAGUGAACACGAAGCUGCGUGAGCUCUACCCUGACAGCGAGGAGCUCUUCGACAUCGUCCUCAUGACCAACAACCAUGCCCAGGUUGGGGUUCGCUUGAUCAACAGCAUCAACCACUAUGAUCUGUUCAUCGAGAGGUUCUGCAUGACGGGAGGGAACAGCCCCAUCUGUUACCUCAAGGCCUACCACACCAACCUCUACCUCUCCUCCGACGCCGAGAAAGUGAGUGGGGCCAUUGAAGAGGGGAUCGCUGCAGCCACCAUCUUCAGCCCCAGCAAAGACCUGGAGGUGUCGGAGAACCAGCUGCGGGUGGCGUUCGAUGGUGAUGCUGUGCUCUUCUCUGAUGAGUCGGAGCAGAUUGUGAAGGCUCACGGCUUGGACAUGUUUUUUGAGCACGAAAAGGCUCACGAGAACAAGCCUCUGGCACAGGGACCCCUGAAGGGUUUCCUGGAGGCCCUGGGGAAGCUGCAGAAGAAGUUCUAUUGCAAGGGGCUGAGGAUGGAAUGUCCCAUUCGCACCUACCUGGUCACUGCCAGGAGCGCGGCCAGCUCCGGGGCCCGGGCACUAAAGACUCUGCGCAGCUGGGGCCUGGAGACGGAUGAGGCUUUGUUCCUGGCCGGGGCUCCCAAGGGGCCGCUGCUGAAGAAGAUCCGUCCUCACAUCUUCUUUGAUGACCAGAUGUUCCACGUGGAGGGAGCCAAAGAGAUGGGCACCAUCGCUGCCCAUGUCCCCUAUGGCAUCGCCCAGAAGCACAAGCAGCCGGUGCAGGAGAAGCAAACCCCCAACAGCAAGUAGUGGAGCUGGCUGGUCAGCAGAGCUUCACCCCUGCACCGCACUCACCUGGGCUGGGCUCUCAAGGUGCAGAGCGUUUGCCCUUUGAGCACGAAGUUCUUCCCAGCGGGAGCCGUGUCGGGGGCAUGGAUGGAGGAAGGGGCUGAUGAAAGGCUUCCUUUUGCCUCUGUAUCAUUGCAAUGUCUUGGCGUUGUCCCUGUUCCCGGGCAGCCCCAUGAGCCGUUUCCCCUUUCCUCUGCGCUUGCUUCAGGCAAAGCCCCUGGAGGCUGCAGCCCUCCCUUUGUGCACUGUUUAUACCAGGUUUAAUUUAUUGGUGUUUCUUUAAAACCCCAGGUGAUUCCCAAAGCCUUGACCUACAAAGCAAACUGCCGGGCUGAGCUGUUGGACUUGGAAAGGUGGGAGCGCACAAAACCCCUUCUUGCAGCUUUGAAACCAAAUCUUGCCCCUUUUUAACUCCAGUGCCACCACGACAUUGUUCCUUCACAGGGGGCAGCCCCUCCUCCCCAGCCAGCAAAUCCUUCCUGGCUUUUCAGCAGGGUUUUUGUCAGCUGAGCAGCUUUCCUUUCAUGCGCUAAAAUCGGGGAAGAUUGAAGCAAACACAUGCAAAAGAAAGGCAAAAGUCCUGUUUUCUGCUCGGAGCUCUGGGUUAAUGAGUUGUGGGCCCACUUGGGUUUGGGUUUGCCACUUGUGUGAUUCAUAAUCAUCUCAGUGAGACCUUCAAUGGCCAGCUCUGCUGUGAGCGCCCCAGGGUCUGCAGCCACACGCCUGGGGCUUGGGUUAAGUGAAAGGCAGACCUUUAGGAACACCAUUUGAAGUCCAUUUAGGUAAAUGGGCAGAGGAUUUCAGCCUGGGGGAUUUAAUGAAAGGAUUUCAUUCCCCCUUUCCAGGCUGAGCCCAAUGAGUUGGUAUCUUCUGAAAACCUCUGGUGUUUCCUAAAAUAGCCUCCUCUGCUAGCGAUGCUGUGCGGGAGAAGCAAAGCUCCAAUGG